AUGUUCUACGUCAAAUUGAACAUCGAAAUAAGGCUUGUUGGUGGCGUUUGGUGUGUGGUAUGUUCAGAGGAGAAGGUUGCAAUUCCAGUUCCUGUUCCUCGCAAGCGGAAACCUUCAGCUGAUCAUGUAAAAUUUGGUCUUAAAGAAGCCGCGCUGACGCUCCCAUCUGGAGCCCACGCCGCUCUCCAUUUUGAACCCAGCAAAACCUCUUUUACAGUUCGGUUGGAUAAGCCUGUAGCGGACAGCUCGCUUGAAGACCUUCGCAGGGGUCUGGAGAAGCACAAGGAGGAAAUUCAAAAGCAACUGCUGAAAGCCGCUAGAACGUCUGAGCUGGAAGAAGCUCGAGAAGUCAAGGAAUUGAUCUUGAAGGAAAUAAUUAUUCCCGAAAAGAUGGAAGAAAUUGUUGAAACAGCCAACAAGGAUGACAUUGUCGAGUUUACGAGGAAAAGCCUGCAAUUCCCGUCCCUCCUCCUCGCAGACGGAAAGCUCCAGAGAAUCAUGGUGCUAAAGUUUGGUCUUAAAGAAGCGUCACUGACGCUUCCAUCUGGAGUCCGCGCCUCUCUCACCUUUAUCCCCGAGGCAACUGUCUUUACAGUUCAGCUGAAGAAGCCUGUAGACGAAUGCUCAAUGGAGGAUUUCCGUAGCGGGCUAUCUAAGCAUACAGAAGAAAUAGAAGAACAUUUACUGAGAGCCUCUAAACAUUCAGAACAAGAAGAACUGAGGCACCCAUUAGCGAAGGUAUGUUCAUUAAGGGGUCAUUUCUUUCUCCAUGGCUACGCUCUUUCCUCGUCUCUGCCUCUAUUAAGACUUAUGGAUAUAACAAGGGGAAGGCUCAGGCCUAUUGUCCCACAGUUAGAAGAACCUCAACCAAAGCAAACUGACGAAGAGCAACCAGAAGCAAAGGAAAGACCUUCUCGCAAUUGUAAGGAUUUUCCCUUAGACUUAACACAAUCACCAAUGCAUAUCCGUGAGAAGACAACUGAGUAUUUAGUACAUUGGCUAAACAACAACAGCAUCAGCAGCAGCGACGAAGACGACAGCAGCAGCAGCAGCAGCAGCAGCAGCAGCAGCGACAGCAGCAGUAGCGACAGAAGUAGCAGCACCGACAGCACCAGCAUCACGGACGACAGUAGCAGCAGCAGCACGGACGACAGCAGCAGCACGGACGACGACAGCAGCAGCAAGAAGAAGAAGAAUAAGAAAGAUAAGAAGCCUAAGAAGGAUAAUAAGGAUAAAAAGAAGGAGAAGGAGAAUAAAGAAAAAAGAAGAAGAAAAGAAGAAGAAGAUAUAAUUCGUGUUGCUGCUGUUUGUUUAUAUUGGGCAGCAAAUGCAGAUAUUUACGAGAGACUUUUCUUAUCAUUAAAUAGACAAUUUAAAUCACCAGAGCAAGCCUAA